CCAUUCAGGUCGCCAAUGAGAUUCAAAAAUAGCCCACUGGGUAAAAGCACGAACCGACCACCUAGAUCGGGCUAGGCAACGUGAGCUGAAAUUUGCCGAAGCAACGUUUCUAGCGGCACAGCAAUAAGCUUGUCCGAGAAUUUGGGGCUUUUGUCUUUCGUCAAUGCAUCUCGCGAGAGUAUGAAUAGACGGCAUUUUCGUGCUGUCUGGUGUUUUUUUCUCUCGGUUUUGAGAUCACGGACUUCAUUACGUUCCACAUUGAGCUGCUGCUAUCACUCGCUACCGUCAUUCGCUCCAUUAUUGUCACUCGUUGAUUCACCCAUAUUGUAAUCAUGUCACGCUUGCUUACUGCCCUGGCAUUAGCUGGCCUUUGUGCCAACAUGGCAAUGGGAAUUCCUUUCGACCAGGAGGAACAAAACCGGAACGCCGAGUGCGAUAAUGGUUGUUUCUUCGGUAGCUUCCCUGGGGGCUCCUGCACAAAUGAUGCUGCAUGGCCCAGAAAUGCGCCGCUUCCGUAUUGCCAGACUUUGGAAUGCGAAGCGAGGAAUAUGCCCUUCACAUUCGACACAGAAGCAGUAUGCGGCAUCAAGCUGACAACUUCCACGUCCGCUGCCCCCACCGUCACAGUAACUGUUACCGGUGGAGCGGGAACUCAGUCUCCAGUGCCAUCGGUAACCGGCAGCUCAUCUGUCCUGGUGGCUACCACAUUGUCAUCAACUCCUGUGAUAGCACCCACACUGAGCGCGGGCGUCAACACACCAACUGCUACACCGAGCAGCGGAUCGGCUGAGCGCUUGAUGUUGCGGGGCCCCAUGAUUCUAGUCGCUGCAGCCGGCUGGAUGUUCUGGUAG